GACAGUUAGUAAGGUGUGCCUCUGGAAACUAUGAACGAGGAGGUUAAAUCUCGUUACCGGGUCAAAAAGAAAAAGAAGACCCAGGAUGUCAACCACCAUCUACUUAACCAUGCGGCCACCAUCAAGAAUUCGCAAAUGAACCAGAUGCACAAGCGGAAACGUGAUCUCCUUAAGAGAAUCAAUUAUACUCAUACUUUUACAGUGCUAGUGAUGCCAGUGGUGGCAAUAGUUUAUUUGAGCAGAUACGCUGUAUCUGUGAUACCGCAGAAUAUCGCUACCCUCUGGUUUUCGGUAGCAUACUUCAACUUGACGAUGUUGGCGUUCACUUGUGGGUAUCAUAAGUUUUUCACCCAUAAUGCUUUUAUUACUAACUCACGGGUUCUUCAGUAUUAUUUCGCUAUAUUUGGUACCAGCAUGGGCCUCGGCUCCAUAAAAUGGUGGGGAUCUCUUCAUAGAGCACAUCAUCAGUUUACAGAUGAUACAAACAAAGAUCCAUACCUGAUUAAGAGAGGAUUUUACUACUCACAUUUGGGGUGGAUCAUCAAACGGCCUAAAAUCGAGUCUUUCUAUAACAGCUUUAUUGAUCAUGAGUUUGUGAAAGGUGCAAUAGAUAACGAUAUAUUUGAUGUGGAUGUUAUUGAUAUGGAAUUUGAUGAGCUUGAUACGCAGAGAAAACAGUAUAAUGAAAGGAUCAAGCGGUUGAUUCUCUGGCAGCAUGAGGUAUACUUUUUACUAUUUAUUACCACCACCAUAAUCAUACCUGCUGUAAUCACCAGGUUUUAUUGCAAUGAUUCUGUUCUAAAUGGGAUCAUCUAUCCAGGUAUCCUCCGUAUGUUUUUGUGCCAACAGUGUUUGUUGAGUACAGAAUCGAUUUGUCAUUUUGGUGAGAUCAAAGUGUCUUUGCCCACCCAGCCAUUCAAUGACAAUAACUCAGCUAUCAACUGCAACAAUCCAUUGAUUUCAAUCUUGACAUAUGGACAAGCUAAACAGAACUUCCAUCACGAAUUUCCUCAUGACUACAGAAACGACUCCUCUAAAUUUUCAUUUGAUCCCACCAAAUGGUUUUUGUUUACGCUCUCGAUGCUAGGAGCCAUCGACAACCUAAGUGUAACUCCUUCGGACUUAAUCACUCAGUUACGAAUCCAGCAGAGGCAGAAGGUAUUGAACAAAGUGAAAUCUCAAUUGAAUUGGGGAACUCCUAUCUCCAAAUUACCUUUAAUUACUCCGCAAGAGUUCAAACGGUUCAUAGCUACGUCCGCACAUGAAGACCGGAUUUAUAUUGUUAUUCUGAACGUUAUCCAUGAUAUCACCCCGUUUAUGGAGCAACAUCCUGGAGGUUUACCUCUCCUCAAAGCCUCGCAUGGUAAGGACGCUACCAAGGCAUUCUUUGGGGGAGUUUACAGCCAUCUGACGGCAGCCCAAAACUUGCUUGCAACCAUGAGAAUCGGCUAUCUUGACAAUGGAGAUGAGGAAGAGGUGUGGAACAAAAUCGUCAAAGAGGAAGGUGAAGUGCAGGACAAAUCACACCGACAAGAAGCAUACAAGAGUGCUGAGGCCGCUUGAUCCUAUUUAUACCCAUUUCCUUAAUAGUAUUUUUUUAAUCCAUUAUGAUCAGAAUCUCAUCCUGAUCGCGCA